UAACAUUUCUUCUUUUCACGUGACAGUUGGGACAUUUUCUAUCAUGCAUUGCAACGUUUGGUUCUGGAGUCUUAAUUGCAUUUGUAUCCUGCUGGGAAGUGUCUCUCCUAUCCUUAAUAGUUGUCCCACUGAUAAUGUUAACUGGCGCCAGUUACACAAAGAGAAUGAGUGAGAUUUCAAAUAUAAAAAUGGCAUACCUGUCAGAGGCCACAUCAAUGGUAGAAGAGGUGACAAGUUAUAGCAAUUUCUUCAAUAGCAAUUUCAUGUUAUAGCAUAGUCUGAUUGCCAAUCUUAUUUUGCAAUAUCAAAUAACAAUUUAUUCAUAUUGAGUAUCUGAUGCUCUAUGACAGACGAUCUCCCAGAUCAGAACUGUAUUUGCUUUUGUUGGAGAAAAUUUAUCAAUCAAAUCCUUCUCAGAUUGCAUAGAGAGACAAAUGAAGAUAAGCAAGAAAGAAGCAUUUAUAAAAGGUCUUGGAACAGGCACGUUCCAGACUAUAACUUUCGCUUCGUGGUCUCUUAUUGUAUGGGUGGGAGCUGUUGUUGUAACAGCCAAGAGAUCAACAGGAGGAGAUGUCAUAGCUGCAGUUAUGAGUAUUCUGUUUGGAGCAAUGUAAGAGCAAAAACCUCAUAUUCUUCAACAGAUUCUUCAUUUUAUGAAGAAACUCAAGUACCUUAAAAACAGCAACCAGAUGAGUUUUUAUUUUUCAAAUUUCAGAUCACUUACGUAUGCUGCACCAGAUAUACAAAUCUUCAAUCAAGCAAAAGCAGCAGGAAAGGAAGUUUUCCAGAUGAUUGACAGAAAACCCACUAUAGAUGCCGACUCCGGAGGGAUGACAUUUGAAGUAAUAGAUGGCAAUAUCAACAUACGGGAUGUACACUUUGCUUAUCCAUCACGGCAGGAGAAGUUAGUUCUUCAAGGGUUUUCUUUGUCAAUUCCAGCAGGAAAAGUAGUGGCACUUGUUGGAAGUAGCGGGUGUGGUAAAAGCACCAUCAUGUCACUACUAAUGAGAUUUUAUGAUCCCGUGAGAGGUUGGUCAAAAAUUAAUUAUUAAUCAUUACUUUUAGUUGCCGAAUUUGCAGAAGCAUCUAUAACAAAAGAAAGUUUCACAUGUAAAUGUCUAAAAGCUUCAUAAUGUUCAUACUGCAUCAAUCAAAUACAAUAGGUAAAUUACACAAAAAUUGAAAAACUCACUCAGUAUGAAAACCAUCAGGUGAGAUUCUCCUUGACAACCACAACAUCAAAGAUCUUGAUUUGAAGUUUCUUAGGAGAAACAUAGGAGUAGUUUCGCAGGAGCCAUCUCUAUUUGCUGGCAGCAUCAAAGACAACAUUAAGAUGGGAAAUGUUAACGCAAAUGAUCAACAGAUUGAAAGAGCUGCCUUGUUGGCAAAUGCACAUUCUUUCAUAUCCCAGCUACCGGAUCAAUAUCUAACAGAGGUCAGACCAUUAUCACUCAUAUACAUGACCAACUGUUUCAUUAGGCUAAUUCUAUAAAGAAAAAAAAAAAGAUACAUAACUGUCUACAUAGUUUGUGGUAUUCAGUUCCGUAUAUUUCCAAUAGAAUGAAUGAUUAGAUUUUCUCUAGUAAUGGAGUUAUGGGCAGAAUCAAGCUGGAAGGAACAGGAAAGUUGAUAAUAAUACAACAUACCCAGUGUAAUCCCAUAAGUAAUCCCAUAAGUGGGGUCUGUAGAGGAUAGAAUGAACGCGGACCUUACCUCUACCUUUGUGAGAUAGAGAGGCUGUUUUCGAUAGAGCCUCGGCGCAAAAGAAAUUUAGCCAAUGCAAGAAAUUUAGGGGGAAAAAAAAAGAGAUAACAAAAUAAGUGCAGCUACGAAUAUUAAUACACAUUGAAGGAAAAGAAACUAUGUGAUACCUAAAUCAUAUUACUAGAAGUAGUACGACACCCGAUUACCUACUACCCAUAUACCCUAAUUCUGAACCACUAUACCUUCCCAUCUAAAGGUCAUGUACUCAGCAAGCUGAAGUUGUGGCAUGUUUUAUCUAAUCACCUCCGUCAGUUCUUCUUCUGCCUACCUCUACCUCUCCUAACUCCUCCUACAGCCAACCACACACCUCCUCACUGUCAAAAUUAAUAGCAAUAAUAAUUAUACUCACUAUCUAAGAAAGAAGGGUUUUCUGCUUCUCCACCACUGGAAACAAAAAGGAGACCAAAAGGCACAUCACAGGAUUGAGAACAUCUGAGAAAAGAAAAAAGUGUGCACCUAGGAAGUCUCAUGCCUUUACCUGAUCCAAGGCAAAAUGACUUGUCUGGAAAAUCCUUUUCGAAACAUUAAACAUAAGAGAAUGUUAAAGUAGAAGAAUGCAAACACAUUGCUUUCCUCCUCUCACAGUAGAUAUACUAUUCAAGUGAACCAAUAUAAUUCCAUGAACACCAAUUUCAGCUUGCAGCCUGUAGUAUAAUCAUUUCCUCAAGAAAGCAUUUGUUAAGAUCACCUGAAAGUCUGUUGCUUAUUCAGUUUGGCACAGAAGGACAAUGAAAGAAGGCAAACAAGAACAGCAGGCUACUACAUCCGGUACAAAAAGUACUAAGUGACAUAAGAUAUGACAAUUUGAUAACAAAUGAGGGCAACUCAUGUAAGAAAGCCCCUAAAAUAGUAAAUUGAAAACUAAGAGCAGAAUACAAUUAAUAAUAAAAAACUAAUUGCUGCUAUAGGAAAUCAAGAGCCAAAUACCCUAAAUUGAGGAUUCUAAAUUCUUCCGUCUCUAAUAGCUAAAAUACUUUACUGCUCCUCUGUCAUCUCCAAGCAUAUGAUAAGUCGAAAGGAAAGUAGUUGUAGCAUGAUCAAAGUACAUCUGAAACUAUGCCUUGAUUCUUGUAUAGCAAAGCUUCCAUGAAAAAAUUGAAGCAUGUUGAGUUAGUUUUCUUGUUAAAAUGUCCUACUCUAGGUAGGGCAAAGGGGUCUCCAACUAUCAGGUGGACAAAAACAGAGAAUUGCAAUAGCAAGAGCAAUUUUAAAAAAUCCUCCUAUUCUUUUGCUUGAUGAGGCCACCAGUGCACUUGACACAGAGUCAGAGAAACAAGUUCAAGAAGCACUGGAGACAGCAGCACAAGGCAGAACAGUCAUCUUAAUUGCACACAGAAUGUCAACUAUUGUAAAUGCAGACAUGAUAGCUAUUGUUGAGGAUGGGAAAAUUGUGGAAACAGGAACACAUAAUAACCUCUUAGAUACAAGUAUAUUCUACAACAGGCUAUUUAGCAUGCAGAGCAUCACGCAAGAUUGUCAAACUAGGUCAGAUUAAACUCAAUACCAUAUUCAUCAUUACAAUCAGACUGGUUAAUUGAUAAUGAAAUGCAUUUAAUUGAUAGGUUGGAGGCUACAAAUAGAAAAGUUCUUUCCAUACAAGAGGAUUCAUCUCAGGACCAUACGCAACCUGAUGAGCCCAAUGAAAGCAAAAGAGAGCUUAAGGAACUUCCUGAGAAGGAGCAGAUCCGAAGAAAAGAGAGACACAUAUUUUUCAGAAUCUGGUUUGCCUUGAAUGAGAAAGAGAUCAUAAAGACUACUAUUGGCUCCUUAGCAGCAGCUUUUGCAGGCAUCUCUAAACCUGUUUUUGGGUUCUUCAUCAUUACAAUAGGAGUGGCAUAUUAUCAUCCUGAUUCAAAGGAGAAAGUAGCUCUGUAUUCAGCAAUAUUUGCUUCAAUUGGAGUGGUUUCUUUGUUUGCCCACACUUUGCAGCACUACUUAUUUGGAGUAAUUGGAGAAAAGGCCAUGACAAAUCUAAGGCAAGCUUUGUACACAGCCACACUACGAAAUGAAUUAGCUUGGUUUGAAAAGCCCGAAAAUAGUAUUGGAUCACUUACAUCAAAGAUAGCCAGUGACACAUCCACAGUGAAGAUCAUAAUAUCUGACCGCAUGUCCGUCAUUGUCCAGUGCAUUUCGUCCAUAUUGAUUGCAACAACUGUCAGCAUGAAAGUUAAUUGGAGAAUGGGUCUGGUAGCCUGGGCGGUGAUGCCAUGCCACUUCAUCGGUGGCCUCAUUCAAGCAAAGUCAGCUAAAGGAUUUUCUGGUGAUAGUAGUCUAGCACAUUCCGAACUUGUUGCCCUAACUUCUGAAUCUGCCACUAAUAUAAAAACUGUUGCAUCUUUUUGCCACGAAGAACAGAUACUUCAGAAGGCCAAACUGUCCUUAAAGCGACCACUUAGGAAAGGCAAGUCAGAAAGCAUAAAAUUUGGAAUUAUUCAAGGCAUCUCUCUCUGCCUAUGGAACAUAGCUCAUGCAGUUGCCUUAUGGUACACAACAAUUCUUGUCGACAGGAAUCAAGCCAGCUUUGAGAAUGGGAUAAGGGCAUACCAGAUAUUUUCCCUCACUGUACCCUCAAUUACAGAACUAUGGACACUGAUACCCACUGUAAUAUCAGCCAUAGAAGUACUAAAACCUGUAUUCCAAAUCCUCGACCGUAGUACAGAAAUUGUACCAGACAUGCCAGAUAUUUCCAAACCUUAGAAAGUUGAGGGCACAGAUUGGAUUGGUACAGCAGGAGCCACUCCUGUUUAGCUGCUCAAUUAGAGAAAAUAU